UUUCUGCUCUUUGACGCUGGCGAGGAAGCAUCGCUGAACGCUCUCAUCAUCCUACCGUCAUGUCUAAGUCAAGAGUCCCCCAAGGAACCGGAACAGCUGCGGAAGCUCUUCAUUGGAGGGCUGAGCUUCGAAACAACCGACGAGAGUCUGAGGAGCCAUUUUGAGCAAUGGGGAACACUCACCGACUGUGUGGUAAUGAGAGAUCCAAACACCAAAAGAUCCAGAGGCUUUGGGUUUGUCACAUAUGCCACUGUGGAGGAAGUGGAUGCUGCCAUGAAUGCAAGACCACACAAGGUGGAUGGAAGAGUUGUGGAACCUAAGAGAGCUGUGUCAAGAGAAGAUUCUCAGAGACCAGGUGCCCACUUAACUGUGAAGAAGAUCUUUGUUGGCGGUAUUAAAGAAGACACUGAAGAACAUCACCUACGAGAUUAUUUUGAGCAGUAUGGGAAAAUUGAAGUGAUUGAAAUUAUGACUGACAGAGGCAGUGGAAAAAAGAGGGGAUUUGCGUUUGUCACCUUUGAUGACCAUGACUCUGUGGAUAAGAUUGUUAUUCAGAAAUACCAUACUGUGAAUGGCCACAACUGUGAAGUAAGAAAGGCUCUGUCGAAACAAGAGAUGGCUAGUGCUUCAUCCAGCCAGAGAGGUCGAAGUGGUUCCGGAAACUUUGGUGGUGGUCGUGGAGGUGGUUUUGGUGGCAAUGACAAUUUUGGUCGAGGAGGGAACUUCAGUGGUCGUGGUGGCUUUGGUGGCAGCCGUGGUGGUGGUGGAUAUGGUGGCAGUGGGGAUGGCUAUAAUGGAUUUGGCAAUGAUGGAAGCAAUUUUGGAGGUGGUGGAAGCUACAAUGAUUUUGGCAAUUACAACAACCAGUCAUCAAAUUUUGGACCGAUGAAAGGAGGAAACUUUGGAGGCAGGAGCUCUGGCCCUUAUGGUGGUGGAGGCCAGUACUUUGCUAAACCACGAAACCAAGGUGGCUAUGGAGGUUCCAGCAGCAGCAGUAGCUAUGGCAGUGGCAGGAGGUUCUAAUUACAGCCAGGAAACAAAGCUUAGCAGGAGAGGAGAGCCAGAGAAGUGACAGGGAAGCUACAGGUUACAACAGAUUUGUGAACUCAGCCAAGCACAGUGGUGGCAGGGCCUAGCUGCUACAAAGAAGACAUGUUUUAGACAAUACUCAUGUGUGUGGGCAAAAACUCCAGGACUGUAUCUGUGACUAAUUGUAUAACAGGUUAUUUUAGUUUCUGUUCUGUGGAAAGUGUAAAGCAUUCCAACGAAGGGUUUUACUGUAGACCUUUUUCACCCAUGCUGUUGAUUGCUAAAUGUAAAAGUCUGAUCAUGACGCUGAAUAAA